AUGUCGCUGCCCAGGGCCACCAAGAGACAGAAGACAGCACUGUUCAAAAAACUCGCCGAGCUCGGGCCCAAGGAAUCGCUGCACAACAGACUCCCGCAAGUGUACGGAGUGCUGCAGCAGGCCCAGUACGCGGCAGCGGGGUUCUUGGAUUUUACAUUAAAAGUAUUUUUGCGCAAAAAUAAUCCGUACUACAACCAUUUAUUUUUCACAUAUGUCGAACAGAAGGCGCCCGACCUCGCGCGCGGAUACAAGAUCCGCGGGUUUCUGGAAAACGGCAGCUACGAGAUGGCCGUCCUGGAGUUCCGCGGGGCCAAGUUCUUCGCAGACCCCCGGUAUAUGGAAAGAUUGCAUGCGAUCACGCUGCUGAUCGAGGCGAGCAACAGAAACGACACCGAGACAAUUCUGUUUAUUUUGCGAAAACUGCCAUCCACGAUGCUGACGCCGCUCAACUACGCCAGUCUGGCGGCCACUGCGCUCAAAAAUAACAACUACGACGUCGUCGCGGCCGUGUAUUCUGACAUAGCAGAUACAGAGUUUACGGGCGAGUUUUUGCUCGGGCUAUGCCGGCUUUUCGUGGAAAACAACGACCUUGAGCGAGCGUUCGACGUGGUUCUGAAGGUACGUGACCAGGAGACACAGGUUCCCGUGGCAACCACGGCGGCAGCCCUAUUGGGACCCACAUACAGCUGGAAAUUCCUCGACGAGCUGGAAAUUCCGAUUUCGUACGACGAACUGGCGCCCAAAAUGUUCCAAGACAGGCUGUUUGCGAGAAACAAUUACGAGGAGAUAGAAGAGCAUUUCAACGAGAUUAGCGGGCUCAAGCCGCGGACUGUGCAGCUGGCCCUGUACGCUGCGCUGCGCUCGAUAUAUUUCUGCGGCCAUUUUGGUAGCAUGAUUUUUGUGCUUCGAUAUUUGGCAGGAAAUAAUUUGCAACAUCUGCUCGAAAACCGCCAUUUCCAUGUCUUAUUUGAGGGAGCAGCCAAACAUGCUGCUAAACUGUGCAGUCUGAACAUUUUAGAGCUGGCCACACGGCUCGAUAUCCCGCUGUCUGAUAAAGACGUGCUGGCUCUUCUGCAGUGUCACGCGAGCGGCACAGAGCACGAGACGCUAUAUAUUGCAAUUGCAGAGAUCAGAAAGCGACGGGUGCUACCAGACAACUGCGUCGAGUAUCUCAGACACGUAUCCGAGAGCACAAACGAUCUGAAACUGAAGCUGGUUGCAGAAAGGCCAGAUAUGCAGAUGAUCGUGCCGCUCGAGCACAUACAAAGCACGCUGGACAGCCACCAGCAUCGCACAGCUCUCGUCCACGAACGGCUGCCAGACCACCCGGAAUACUUUUACGCGACGGACUACGGAAACUCGCAAUGGGAGAUAUAA